AUGGGGUGCCCCGCAUGGGGCCAGGCCAGCCUGCAGGACACGUCCCGCCUCUGUCUGUGCAGGAAGGACCUCUGUACCAACAAGGACCAGCCCUGUGAGACCCUGGGCCUGGCCCACGUCGGGGGCAUAUGCCAGCCCCACCUGAGCUGCAGCAUCAGCGAGGACUCCGGCCUGCCCAUGGCCUUCACCGUGGCCCACGAGCUUGGGCACAGCUUGGGCAUCGUGCACGACGGGGUCGGCAACGAGUGUGACACGCAGGGCAAACAGCCCUUCAUCAUGUCCCCGCAGCUGUUCUACCACUCCCUGCCCCUCAACUGGUCCCAGUGCAGCCGCGAGUACAUCACCCGCUUCCUCGAGUGCCAGGCCCUGGAGGGGCCCCGGGGACUCGUGGGGCACUGGCUGGGCGGGGGGAAAGGGGGUGCCCGGGGAGGGGGUCAGCUUGUGGCCCUCACCCCCCUCCGGCAGGACCCCUGCGGGAUGCUCUGGUGCUCCGUGCUCCGCGCCUGUCAGACCAAGAAGGACCCAGUGGUGGACGGCACCACGUGCGGGGAUCAAAAGUGGUGCCUGGGCGGGGAGUGCGUGCCGUUGGACGUGCAGCCCGAGGUGGUGGACGGCGGCUGGUCGGGCUGGAGCGCCUGGUCCACCUGCUCGCGGAGCUGCGGAGCGGGCGUGCAGGGCUCGGAGAGGCAGUGCACAGAGCCUCAGCCCAAGAACAGGGGCAGGUACUGCGUGGGCGAGCGGAAGUGGGAGCCCCAGCCGACCGACCUGACCCCCUGCGAGCUGCACUGCAAGCCCGAGGGCGAGUCCUUCAGCGACAGGUUCCGGGACGCCGUGUUGGACGGCACGCCCUGCUACGAGGGCCGCCGGGGCAACCGAGACGUCUGCAUCAACGGCAUCUGCCAGAACGUGGGCUGCGACUAUCAGAUCGACUCCCGCGCCGUGGAGGACCGCUGUGGUGUGUGCGGGGGCAACGGCUCCACCUGCCACACCCUGAGCUGGGUGUUCCAGGAAAAUGGGCCCAACGGGUACGUGGACGUGGGGCAGAUCCCGGCCGGCGCCCGUGAAAUCCUCAUCAAGGAGGUGGCCGAGUCCACCAACUUCCUGGCCCUUCGGGGCGGGGACCCGGGGAAGUACUACCUCAACGGAGGCCUGAAGAUUCAGUACGUCGGCGACUACCAGAUCGCAGGCACCACGUUCACCUACGAGCGCGACGGCAACUUGGAGAAGCUCACGUCUCCCGGCCCCACCAAUGAGUCCAUCUGGAUCCAGGUGGUGGGCCGAUCGGUGGCACCCUUGCUCCAGAUCCUGCGGGCCCGGGGGCGUCGCCACUGA